GCGCAAUGAAUUGUUUAAUUUGUCAUGGAUAUAUUUUACAUUCAUUCCUGGAUGGAGUCAAUGGACACACCCGGCCUGUUUGAAGACGCGUAAUAUACACGGAGAGAAAGCGCCUGUCUGAUAACCACUGAGGUCAUGGAUUUCCCAGGACACUUUGAGCAGAUAUUUCAACAGCUGAACUUCCAGAGGUUGCAUGGACAGCUAUGUGACUGCGUGAUCAUGGUAGGCAGCCGUCAUUUUAAGGCCCACCGCGCUGUGCUCUCAGCUUGCAGCACACAUUUCCGAGCUUUGUUCACCGCUGCUGAUGGAGAUGCUAGCACGAGGAUGAUCCACCUGGACUCUGAGGUGGUGACAGCUGAAGCGUUUGCUGCGCUUAUGGACAUGAUGUACACAUCCACGCUAAUGCUAGGGGAGAGUAAUGUAAUGGAUGUCUUGUUGGCCGCUUCUCAUCUGCAUCUUAACGCCGUGGUGAAAGCUUGUAAGCACUACCUUACUACCCGUACUCUGCCCAUGUCUCCUCCAGCAGAGCGUGGUAGCCAGCAUCACUCCGAGCAGCAGCAGGUACCAGCUAACUCUCAUCUACAACGUUCGUUUUUGCUGCAGCAGCUUGGCCUGAACAUUGUAAGCUCCGCCCUGAGUGGAACUGAAGAUGGGGGAUCAGGGGCCGGGAGGAGAACGGGUAUGGGGUGCGCGAGCGGGUUGGUAGAUCAGCGUGGUUCUCACCCGACAAGACGUUUCCUGAAGCGUAAACAGCCCUUGGGCCUGAUGACUUCUGAACGGAUGCGACCGCGUAUUUCUUCACAGGUAGAUGGAAUUGUGGCAGAGGGAGAGGUCAGAGAUGGUGGAGAGGAGCUUUUUUCACCGGACUCCCAUAGUAAAAUUGUGGAUGAAGUCGUCGCUGGGGGCAUUCCUGGGGAUGGUUUGCUAGAGCAAAAUGACUAUCGAAGAGGACUGACGCAUGAGGACAUGCAGCUUCCCAGCCAGUCGGAUGGGGGCAGGGGAGCCGGAGCAGAAAAAGCAUUGCUGUUGCCGCGUAAAGAGGAGUAUCCGGAUGUGGGGCACCACCGUGUUGAUGGAAUGAAGAUAAAGAAUGGAGGUGGGGAGGAGGAGCAACAGCAGGACAUGCAAGUUGUGGUGAAGAGUGAGCCGCUGAGUUCACCCGAGGCUGUGGAUGAGACAAGUGAUGUUACUUCCCAAGCAGAAGGAAGUGAUCAGUUUCCUCAGGUGGGGGCAGUUGGCGAAAAGCUGGAGCUGAGUCCUGAGGGCAGCGACCGUAGCUUUUCCGACCCCCAGCCCAGCUCUGGAUUAGGAGGAUUAAACAAAGGAUUAGGAGCGGGAGAGAGAGACGGAAGAGUGGAGCAGCUCUCCUGCAGCGAUGCUUUAGAUUCCUCCGGAUUACACAUCUCCAGUUUCUUGGGUGCGAAGAGCUUUGCCGGCAGAGCGGCGUCCUCUAACCUUGCCGGUAGCAUUGACAACGUUCCCAACACCACAACUGGAGAUUUUCAGGCGGACCACGAUUCCUCUCGCUUUUUCUUCUCAGCCGAUUCAGUCAACGCUGCAUCUUCCUCAUCACUGCACCUCCUGACGGGGGAGGCGCAGGUCUGCUCCGACCUGCAGCCAGAGUCUCUCCUGCGGUCUGCGCAUGAUGGAAUAGCGUCGUCCUCUUCGUUAACGUCUCGUGGUGGAUCAGUGGACCAGCUUGCGUUGGAGUUCCAACGCAACAUUUUGGGAUUGCAGACCCUCCCUCGGUCAACCAGGGGUGGGGCCGGAGGAUGCAACACGUACCGACGUAUUGCUCCCAAGGUUUCAGCGGGAGGUGCUUCAAUGCACAUGGAGUGUGCUCAGCAGCAAGAUGCUGCUUCCUCUUCCUCCUCAAUGCUUCUGAAUGGGGUAAACUUCGAUUCUUCUCUUUCUGUAGGUCAAAACGCUGCCAACUCCAAUUUGAACCCGUUACCCCAGUUAACCAGGGCUUCUGCGGAUGUCCUAUCGAAGUGCAAGAAAGCCCUUUCGGAGCAUAACGUACUAGUGGUGGAGGGAGCAAGGAAGUAUGCCUGCAAGAUCUGCUGUAAGACUUUCCUCACUCUCACAGACUGCAAGAAACACAUCAGAGUUCAUACCGGGGAGCGACCGUAUGCCUGUCUGAAAUGUGGCAAACGCUUUAGUCAGUCCAGUCACUUGUACAAGCACUCGAAAACAACCUGCUUACGAUGGCAAGGCAACGAUAUGUCUAAUGCCCUGCUCUAAUUUCCAGGCACUGCCAACACCAUCUUAAGAUGGCCGGCAAAACCAUUUAGUUUGCACCACGCUAACUUGAUUGUAUACAAAGACCUGUGCAACACAGUAUUACAUCUUGACACCUGCUUGGUGGUAUAUGAUGUGUAAAGAUAACCAGAUGUAUUCAUUCAAGUAGUAGCUCUUUAAACGGUUUCAUCUCUGUAGAGCUCUUGUUAAAGGCAUAGUUCACCAAAAAAUUAAAAUGAGCCCAUAUUUUUGCUGCCCAUUAAGCCAUUUUAGGUGUGUAUGGCUUUUUUCUUUCAUCCAAACACAGUUGGAGUUAUAUUAAAUUAAAUAAUAUCCUCUUUUCAGCUUUAUAAUAGCAUUGGAUAGUGCCCCGUUUUUAAUGCUACAAAAAGUGCACCCAAAAACUGAUCCAUACAGUUAUUAAAUAUCUUCCGAAUUAAAGUUGUGGGUUUUUGUAAUGUUGGGUCAGAAGCCUCCAGCCUGACCUCAACUAUCUUGUGAACAUGCAUAUGGCCAUAGUCUGUAAAGUAUGAAAUAUAAAUAUUACCUUAGAAAACCCAUCACUUUAAAUCGGAAAACAUUUAAUAACUUUGGAUUAGUUUUUGAUGGAUGAAUGCACUUUUGGGUGAACUAUUCCUUUAACAUGCUUAGUAACUUUAAAAAAAAUACUGUGUUGUUGAUCAUUUAAUUAAGCUGUUAAAUUCAUUUAAGUGACCAAAUGUGUCAAAAAUGAAAAGAUGAAAGACACCUGCUUUAAGUGUCUCAAGCAGGUGCUGAAAUGAUCCUAGCUUUUUUCCAAAUAAAUUGUGGCCUUUAGCCAAACCCUCUGUGUUUGACAGAGGUUAUAUUUAUACAGUAAUCUGUUGUAUAAUAUUAAAGUGUUUUAGCCUCUCUAAAAGCUGAUCCCAAGCAUCAAAAGGAAACAGACAGUUGCUUUUACGUUUUCCGUCUUUUACUUUCUUUUCCAAAAUCAGUGAGCUUGCUUUGCUGUAGAAUUUGACCAAAAUGAGGCAUGCUUUGCUUUCUAGUUAGUAUUGUAAGGCAUCCUAUAGGUAUAAUUUUAAGUAGGCAGCUUGCAAGGUUUUGGAACAAGGCUAUAUAGUUUUUAAAAUUAUUAAAGUAAACAUGACCAUAUCAGAAUUGACAAAUAGCCUUGUUACCUAAUCUAAAAAAUAUUUAGGGUAGGUUAUGCUUUUCCCAUAUUAGCUAAAACAUGUUCCUAAUAAUGAAAUUCAUAUUGAAGACAUUAAGAAAAACAAAUUUGUAGCUCUUUUAAAUUUACAAAUUUACAUUUAGUAAAGGCUGUUAAUGUCAAUGUCCCUUCCAGAGGACAAUAAGAAUGGUUAUGUAAAAUUUGUACCUUACAACAUUAAGGCUUUAAUGUUUUGAUUUGUGGGUUAAAAAAUGAACCAUGUUUACUGUGCUGUAAAUGCACAGAUGAUGUUCAGUCAUUGUAUUUGUGAUUAAAUAUGGAAACUAUUUAGAGUUGUUUGUAACAUAACGGUCAUGUUCUAGUGUUUUGUGAGAAUUGUUGUCUUGUAUGUUGUGUUUGAUACUGUAUUGAGGGAUGUUUGUAUAUAUUUGUUCACAAGAUUUAAAAGCUGCUUUUAUCAACACAUUCCGACCUGUAAAAAAGCUACUUUUAUCAUUUGUCGUCUUUUAUCGGAUUGUAUUAAUAACUUGUUACAGCUGUUGACAAUGUGGUAUAUAUUGUGCCAAUUGAAAUCUUGUUAGAUUGUAUCAACUUAAAGGUUAUAAUUAUGGUAAUUCAUAACCUCAUACUUGACCAAAAAGUUACAUCUGACAUUGGAAAUUCUUUAUGGCUUUAGAUUGUACGACUGUGCCUGUGUGUUUUGUAACAUCAAUGUUUAUUUAACUGUUUGUAGGACGUAUAACAAAAUAGACUGUAUCAAAAUGUCAACAUCACUUUCGCAUUGAUUUUCAGAUAAAAGUUGACCUUAAAUGUAUUGUACAUGUUACGUGUUAACUGUAUAAAUAAAUUCAACUGUAAAAUGAGAAAAAAACGUAACAAAAAA